AUGACGAAGAAGCUCGGCCUUCAAGCGUUCUUACGAAGAGAGGUCAUCAAAGCUAAGCUUCAGGUACCCGAAGAAAAUGAAAUUCCAAGCCUUUCAAAGAAAAAUUCAAUGCCAAUUUCUCAACACGGAACCUACGAAGAGCCAGAAAAAAACACCUUUCGUGACAUAUUUGGCGACGGCGAAGAAGACUAUGAAAGUCCCAUGGAAAGGCUGAAAAGCUCAAAGAUGCCUUUACCAUUCAAAAAUGAGCUGAAACCAAAGACCGAAGUAAGGUUACGGAUUGAGGAACUCAGAAAGCAACUAAUCGCUGUGAUCGAUACUUCUUUUAAGGGACUAAGUGAAAGAGCUAUCAUUGCCAGAGAGCGCGAUCACCUUUUACGAUCAAUAGAGCGUUUAGAAGCCCAAGAGCGAAGAGAGAAAGAUAAUGCACGUCGAGCUACGGGAAAUGUCCCCGAGCCCGUCUCUGAAUUUAAGAAAAGGCAACAGCAGAAAGAAAUCGAACUGGUGAAGAAAGCCCUUGCCGGGGAAGAAAAGAUUAAAUCAUCCACUAAACGUUCCACACGCGAACUUGAUGACGAUCCAGAUGGCGAGACUCGAAAAAUGUUAGGGUUACCAUUGAAAAGACGCAAGCUCGAAAAGACAGGUAAAUGGACAGAUGAUCUUCUUCAUGCAAUUCCGCAGCUGAGGUGUAAGGACUACGGAGUUGAGGAGUUGAAGGGAAUUUUGUUAUGCGGGGCGACUGAAGACCAAAAGGAAUGGUUGUGGAAGUGGUUUAGUAAAUUAGAUGCGAAAGUCACCACCAAUGGAAGGGUGAGGGGCCAUGGAAAGAAGAGAAGUUUGUAA